UUGUUGGCUCAAUUGCGCCUCGCACGUUGGCCAGGCAGCAGGUCCUCUCAGCGGCUCCUGAAGAAUUCGCGUGAGCGUCGCAAACCGAGAAUCCUUCGUGGCCGGCUUGCGAAUCGUAGUACUACGCGUAAUAGCGUUUUAAGGAACUGAGACACAGAGCCGGUUCGACUGUGUGUGGUUUUUUUUUUGGCAGUGUAUUCUUUGGAAUCUUUGGCGUUGUGGGGAGGAGAACCCACAUCCAAGCCUGAGUCCUGUACAGUUGCAAUACCCCGGCGAGCCGCGUGUCAUUUCCGCUUCCGUGUGCGUGCAAUUAGUGGGCGGCAUGGCGGCCCCGAGCCGCCGAUACCGCAAAUGCUCCAAGACAAUGUCGCUGGUGGCACUGCUUUUGGGUCUCUCGGUGGCCCUGGCAGCCGGAAAUGACGCCAUUUCCGCACCGAAAGCGGGAAAGGAUCUGCAGCAGCGGCGGCAGCCGGACAUCGAAGAUGAUGGCGGAGCGCGACCAGAGAAGGACUUUGAUUUCGCCGCCUAUGUGAAUGAUUUCAAUUUGCAAGAAGAGGCCUCCAUUCCGGAGGACAUAUUUGACCAGCACGACGGAGACAUUGGGGAUGAGGACGCCGACUCGGCCCACAUUCAAUAUGCUCCAUCUGCUGCAGCUGCCACCGGCGAGGAGGAAGAUGCCGCCGCCGCCGAAGAUGACGAGGAUGUGGGGCUGAUGGAGGAGGACGAGGAUGCAUCCGAGGCAGCUGAUAUCGUACUUGAAUCUCAAAGGCCCACUUCAAGGAAUUUCAGUGUUUACCUGGACGCUAAGAAAUACCAAAAUAACAAAAACCAGAAGCGUUCCAAGGAGAAGAAGAACAAUAUAAGUCACUACAACUACAAAUUGAAAAACAAUAAAGAGAACCGAAGGCUACCGAAGGAAACUGCUGCUUCUGGAAAAUCGGUAAAGAUGGAAACGCUUGUUCUCGGUGGCGGCGGAAAAUCCAAAUUCACUUCCGGCGAGGAGGACGACAACGCGAACUUUGGCAGGCAAAGUUUUGCGCAUAAAAAAUUAAAGAACAUGCACGAACAGCAACAAAGUCAACAGGAAAAGGAGAGGAAGCGGGGCGAUGAUGGUGAUUUACUAGGGGAAUACCCGCCGUCACAGCUGUUUGAUGCUAUUGAAAUAUUAAAUGAACGAAAAUUUAAUAAGCCAUCGGUCGAAUCGACGGACAAGUUCCCGAAGAAGGAGCAGGAAAAGUCCAGACAGGUGGAUGAGGCCAUUGGUGAUAUCGAGGACAAUUUGGAUAAUGAUGAAGCAUUGCCCAACGAAAACGAAAACGAGAACGAAAACGACGACGACGAAGAAGGCGACGACGAGGACAUUAAGUCGGCCAUUGACAAUGAUGAAUUGGCCAAAAAAUACCCAGUAGCCACAUCAGCAACCACCAAGGUCCCAAUCCCCACCACUUUGGCCACAACAGAAACCACUAGUAGCAGCACCACCACCACAACAACACCAUCAACAUCAACCACUCCGACAACAGCAACACCAAGAACAUUGCCAACAAUUGGCCGCAAACUGAAGAGAAAUUUCCUUGGUCCAUCCCAGCCGGAAACCAGAUACUAUGGCAGCUAUGAUAUCGGAAGGAUUCGGGCAUCGGCGGUCCAAGAAGAGGAUGACAAUGAUGAGGAUGAGGAGGAGGAGCAGCAGGAUGUGGGCGAGUUGCACUACUAUGACACCAGCAGCAAUCCCAGAAAGUUGGUCACUUUCGAUCCGGAAAAAUCCGAGGAGAAUUACUUGGCCAGCUACUAUGCUGGCAAAUUGAAUGCCACUGAGAAGAAGCAACAGCAGCAGCUGCAACAUGUUGUUGCACCGCAGCAACAUGCAACACGUUACGUGGACGACGACUAUGCCGAACAGCAGCCGCCGGCGGAAAAGUCCAAGCCGGAAAAUCCCUGGGAGAAAUCCGCUGAAAAGCUGGAGGAGGAACAGGACCAGGAGCAACUGGAGGACGGCAAACUGGAAUCUGAUUCGGAAUCUGCAUUGCAGCGAUAUCAUGAGGCCACACCCUCUGUCACCGCCGCCCCCUCGUCGGCCUUUGAGCGCUUUAAGGCGCUGCGAAGGAGUCGCCAGAGGACGGGGCACAAGAGCCACAAGAAGCGGUACAAGGACUACCUGAAGAGGCACCCGAAGAUGGAAGCGACAGAGCCGCCGGCGGAAAUUAAUAACCCAGCACCCACCAUCUCAGCCAGACACCUUCAGAAGUUGCAGAAGGAGCGGGAACGAUCCACGCACUCGCCACCGAUCUUUGCCCUGGGACUGCGACCCCAGCGACCUUUGCCCGCCACCGGCAAGCCCUUCUACGAGGGUCAGGUCAACUACUACGACAACCAGCCCCCGUUGGAUGUGGAUCUCAAGCACCACACGGAAAUGGAGCGCCUGAUUGCCCACGAUAAUGGCAACUGGUAUCGUCGCAUCAGUCCGGUUCUGAGGAAUGGCAUCAAGAGUGACCCGCCGCUGAAGGAGCACCACCACAGGGAUGGUCACCUGGGUCACCAGCAGCAGCAUCCGCAUCAGCAGCACCACCACCACCACCACCAUCAUCAUCAUCACCAGAGUCACAAUCACCAUCACCACAAGUCCACACACCUGAGACCUCGACCCAGCAAUCCCUAUCAGAGGAAGGCUCCUGCGGUGGGAAGUCCAUCAGUAGUGGCAGCAGCAGCACCACCACCACCGCCCCCACCACCCACUCCACCAUUGCCACCGCCGAAGCCCCAGCUGGGCCAUCAGAUCACCGAGCUGGAGCAUCUCGAGCGGUACUACGCCAAGUGGCCCCAUCUAGCCAGGGUGCAGUUCCAGGUCUACGACGAGCACUACCGCGAAUCGCAUCCCGAACUGUAUGCCGACUACGAGGACGACUACGAGAGUGCCGCCGAGCUGGAGGAGGCCCAGCAGGAGCGCGGCGAGGAGGCCAACCUGCCGCCCUACAUCAAGAAGUACAACCGGCGGAACAAGCAACUGCUCAACCUUCUCGAGGGCACCCUGCCCACACCCACCAUGAAUCCCGGCCAGAACUCCCUGGGCAGCACCGAAAGUAUCCGGCUGGAUGAUGAGUACCUCAAGGAGAAGAGGCGUCGCUACCAUCAGCAUCAGCGUUUCGAGGAUUUGUUUGCCCAGCAAAGGAGUCGUUUCAGUACGGCUGCCUCGCCAAAAGAGGAGGUUACCCCGGCCCAGAAGGAUCCAGAUCCAGUUCCAGCGACCUCGUCAUCGCCACCACCCAGCAAUCAGUUGCCCGAGGAAGAUGCCCCUGUGGCUUCUGGCGAGGUGGCUUCCGGCGAUCCUGCACCCGAAACCCUCGACUUUUGGCAGCGCGAAAUGGCCAGGAAGGUGGGCGGUUUAUCCGCAUCCGCAUCCACAUCAACCACGCCGAAGCCAGCGCUCUACAAGCUACCAUCCUAUCCAGCCAUCGCGGGCAGCUUUCUGGGCACACCGCGCAGUCGCAGCCGGAGUGCCCAGUUUGUGGCCAAUGUGGCUGGAAGGGGUCAAAGUAGUUGGCCCCGUUUGGAGACGGGUAAUUCCACGGAGAAGCCAGCCGGCGGGGGAGGCACCGAAGGGGGCGGAGGUGGAUCAGGUGGAUCAGGAGGAUCAGGAGGAGGAACCCCCGGAGGCGGACGGGGAGAUCCCUCGCCCCUCAACUCCUUUGUCUACCAUCGCGUGAUCGAUGGCAUCGGCCUGGGCGGAGCAAGUGCAUCCGGGCUGGGCAGCAGUAGAGGCAAGCAGUCCCGUCUGCCAUUCGUGGCCAUCACGGAUCGACGGCUGGAGAAAUCGCUGGCGGAGCGACACAAAGACUUUGAGCAGAAUCACUUUCCGAUGCCUUAAGCCGCGAAUUUGUGCAGCAGUGGAAAAGCUGAAAAUGGAGAAAUAGCAGAAGAGGAAGGGUAAAGGAAAAUUAACGAUGAGUUGGUAGCAACGGGUGGCAAGGGGAUUUAUCGGGAAUAUAUAUUUAAAAAAAACGAAUAACUAACUAAAGUCCAUGUUAACCCAAGUCAAAGAGCUUCUUAAAUAAAAUCAACCGAAAUGCUCUUGAAAUUUUUUGCAAACUUAGUUUGAAAUAUUUUCCAAAAAAAUUAAGAAUGAAUCCUAUUACAAAAGUGUUUUAAGCAUUUUACACUUAAAAAUAUAUACAUGGUCAAUUUGGAAAUAAAACCUGUUAAAUUGACAAUAGAAUACUGGAACAAUAAUAAUCCAACGUAUUUUUUAAUGCAUCUUUAAGGAAAAGAAAAUUAUUGAAAUUUUUUGAUUCUUUAAAAAUUGAGUUGUCAACUUUCGACUGAUAUUAUGAAAGGUAUGAAGAAAAACUUUUCCUUAAUGUAUUUUUAUGUUUUUAUGAAACCUUUCAGACAAUUUUCGAGCCACAACAAACCGAUGCCAGCCAGAAUCUUCCCCCUUUUCAACAGAUAUAUUUGUAAAAUUCCCACUCCCCUUUCCAGACAUGUUACCAACUCAAAAUCUAAACAUAAUUCUAGUACUAUAUUAUAGUCGCCGCUUUCGGAUGUGUUAUUUUUGGUCUUUUAUGUUCUUCAAGGGACGAAGGAAGCGAAUCUAAGGAUAUAGAGAUAAUUGUCGAAAACGAUUUUUUUGUGUGGUGAAUAUAUAAAAAACAUUCAACGAUAAACGUUAGAAAAAGUAAAUAAUAAAAUAAAGAGAAAAAGGAAAAAAAAAAUGUAAAACUAAAGUUAAGCGAAAAUAUUUUUUUUGUGUAUAAAUAGCGAAAAACACCUGUAGACACACACACAACCACAUACAUAUAUACGAGAACACACAGACACACUAAAGAGCUGUUAGGAAUCAAAAAGUGAUAAUCGAAAAAAUAUGUUGAUUUUGCGCCUUGGUUUCGAUUGGAUUUCAUUUAGUUUUAGAAGGCAUUGCUUCUCAGUGUAAAGUAGCUGAAAAUUAGAAGAAAUUGUUAGAAAAAAAAAUCCUCUCCAAAAGUGCUGCCAGCAAAAAAACGUUUACCAGGCAGAUUAGACAAAAAUAUGUUUAAGCUUACAAACAGUUUAUUUUAAUAUUUUCUAUUAUCUACCUAUAAUUAUUACAUUUUUUGCUGAACCCCAAGCUAUUUUUUAGUAUUUUUUUUUUACAAAAUUAAAGGAAAAAUCUUUUGGGAUAAAGGAAAAAUGGCAGCACUAUUCUCCACGCACAAACACAUGAAAGCUUUCCUCGUCGCCCUUGCACGCAAAAUCCAUCGAAAUAGGUUUCAAAAUUAAACGAAAAACAAUGAAAACAAAGUUAAGGAAAAAGAAAUUGAGCAGAAGACGACGGAGAACAAUGUUGCACAAAACUUAAAAAUUAUUCAAUUAGCCAGAACAAAGCAAAGAAUAAGUUUUAGUGGUUAAAGAAAGCAAACGAACAGAAAACAAUGCUUAAAAAACAACAUAUCAAGACGAAAGAAAGACAAUUAUAGAUGUUAAAAUGUUUGCUUCGGACUGGAAGUUAGAAAAAAGGAAUAUUGGGAAAUUUAAGUUUAUUAUUUAGUUUUUAUUUCGUUAAACCAAAGUAACACAUUUUGCAAAAAUUAAGGAAUAUUUUUAUAGGCACUUUCUGGUGAAUUAAAAAAUUACUUACAUAAAACCAAAGACAUUUCCAAAUACAAAAACUAUUUAAUUAAAAGGCAGAAAACUUUUAUUUAAAAUUGUACAAUAUUUUCAAAAUUUCCCACAAUUUUAAGGUUUUGACAGUCUGAAGCGAAUAUUACACACAAAGUUAAUUCAUACAGACAACAUUAAAAAAGGCAAUAAAAGUGCAAAACGGAGAGGAUGAAAAACUCUGGAAAAUUCCCUCAAAAAUAAGUCGAAAACUUAAGAAAUGAAAAAUACUUUGUGUAGAAAAAUAAAAGAAAGCAGAACAAAAACAAAAAAUGCAUUCCCACAGCUUAAGCCGAAUUACGAGUUUAUACACACGCACACUGACACAAAGUAUGUGAGCGGAAAUGAAAAUUUCAUAAGCAAGACGGAUAAAGCGGAAGUGGAAAAGAAGGGGAGCGAAUGCAAUGCGGUGUAAUUAACAUAUCAAAAGCGAAACGUGAAGAGGAAAAAAGGCAAAUGCGCCAGGCAAUUAAAACUAAGCGCAGUGGCAAAAAUAUUUCUCAAACUGGAUUCAUAAAAAGAAAUUUCUUCUUCUUUUUUUUUUUGGAUUUGAAUUGAUAAAAAAGCUUCUUUGUGGCCCAACUUUAAAAUGUAAAAUGUAAACUCUUUAAGUUGAAGUGAAAACGAGAUCCGAUUUCGAUUUUCCGGGCUCGCCGAAAUGUUCGCUGUUUGUUUGUUGUACAAUUUAAUUGGAAUUUGAGUUGAAAUAAAAAAACAGGAAACAGGCAGUCGAAAUGGGAAGACCUUCAAAGGUAUCAGCGUAUUAAAAAAAAAUGAAAGACACAACACGGAAAACAACCCAACACAUACAUGUAUACACAUCUCAUUAUGUGGUAACAUUUUAAUGGAAUGAAAUUCAAUAAAGCAACAAUUUAUUAUUUACGCAUAA